AUGGCGACGUUGUACGAUGACAUCAACGGGUCGCGCUACCUCUCGUCGUCCAUCUCGUCGCUGUCAACAUCGCGGCAACAAUCAUCGCAGAUCGCCAAAGCCUACCGACAGGCCGCCCAACUGUUCCUGACGCGACGUCUGCCGGAAGCGCUAUCGACCAUCGAGCCCAUCAUUACUCCGCCGCCAGUUGAUGAGAUCAAUGGCGACAAAGGCGAACUCGUGGGUCAUGCCCCAGUCGCAACCGCGUCACGGGGGACCAGGGUGAAGGUGUGGAGCUUCUACCUCACCUUCCUCAAUGCCGUAAUAGAGCUGGGCGCCGAAGAGGGAAAGCACGCCUUUGGGAGCACGAGAUGGAAGCAAUUGGUGUCGCAGUGCCGCGAUGGCAGCAUCUGGGACAACGUGGUACGCGACGGUUAUGCCGGGGUUGAGGGAGAUGUCGACGCCGAUGUUGUGGUCAACUUGGCGACACUUCUCCUCACCCAUGCGCCUUCCCAGAGGCUCAACCAGCAGAAGCUCGAGACGUACCUCUCCGCGACCGCCAACCCAACCCUCGAUGUUGCCUCACACAUGUCUUCUCCUGCAUACACGGAGAAACGACCAGGCCACCGCAGGCAACAUACCGGUACAGACACGCCACGCGACCUAGAAAAGCGCAUCAAGCUGCUCGAGCUAUAUACCCUGCAUAUUUUGCCAAGAAACGAGGAAUGGGACUACGCCCGCGAGUUCAUCAGCAUGUCCGAAGUGCUCGAUGAAGAGCGCAAGGAAGCAUUCCUACUCGCCUUGCACUCUCUCAAAGAAGAGAAGGAGGACACAGAGGCCCGGGAAGAGAAGCUACGUCAGCAACAACAGGAGCAGAUGGAGGAGCGCCGCAGAGAAACCGAAGCCAAGCGCCUCGAACAAUCUCGCGCAGAAGACGAACGUCGGAAACGCGAAGAAGAGAACAGACGGCAGCCCCGCGGCUCAGACGAGCGCUUCCGCAAACCUCAACCAACUCCCCAACCCACGCCAUCGCAGUCUUCCCGAACCUCCCGCACACCUGCCAAGAAACCCAUCACACCACCACCCGGCUUCUACAACCGAGCAUCUACCAUGUUUGCAAAUAUACAGUCCAUGAUAUCCAAUACGGCCCAUCAAAUGACUGCUAAUCCUAUGGCUUUCUUCCGUACCUUACUUUUCUUACUGGCUUUUGGCUUGGCCUUUGGGAGACGGGACCUCAGAGAGAGAAUACUCCGGAUCAUACGAAAUGCGUGGGAGAAGGUGAGGCGCACCGUCGGUAUGGGUGUCAAGGUUUCCUACAUCUAA